AUGAUUCCUGUACAAGUAUUGAAAACCAUUUAAAAUCAGAAUAUUUAACUUCAUUAAACAAACCCAGCCUUUCUUAAAUCAAGAAAACACUCUCCUAUUAACCAUUUAAUCGUUACUCGUCAUCCAAGGGUAAGCCAUCAAAUCAAGGAGUAGUCAAAUUCUUUAUAAAAACAUUUAAAGACCUCCUCUCAAUAUAAUAAGUGUAUCUAAUCCGUUGAAUAAUUUCAAAGGCUACCAACUGAAGCAAAUGGGGAGACUAAAAAUAGACCUGCAAUUCAAAUUUCGAGUGCUCUUAAAAUGUCUUCCUCAAAACAUCCUUCUGAAUAAUAUUACGACACACUAAAAUUUUCUUCUUUUGUAAAUGAAAAAGUAAAUGAUUAAUUCGUUUAUACUAAUAUUGGAGAAGCUAAAGAAAAUGAGAAGGAAUUUAGUCAAGCUAAAAUUGUUAAUGGAAGUGUGGACACUUUCAUUGUACAUAAGACUGUUUUGAAUUGGAAAAAUUUAGAAAUCUAAAAAUUAGAAAAGGAGUUAGAAUAACUGAAAUAAGAGAAUAGAAAAUAUCAAAAUUUAGAAAUUGAUUACUAAACUUUGUUGUAGGAGAAUUCAAAAUUAAAACUAGUUGUAUAGACUUAAUAAAUAGAAAUAAAUUGUUUAAAUCAUCAGUAGACAUUUACUUAACUUGGAAAAUCUUCUGAUUACGUGAGUGCUUUGAGUGAUUCAGAUAAAUUAAAAUUACAGUCUUUAAUUGAAUGCGAUUGA